CGCCACGCCGGUAGUGGCUGGCUUCAAUAGCUAGUGUUAUUUCAAGUGGUUGAUAUGCGCAUGACCAUAUUAUAAAAAAAAACUCAAACUUUCUCUACACAUGAGUUUGAAGUACUUAGCAACCGUUGUUUGUUUAUUUCUAAUAUUUCACGAUUUCAUACAUUUGUCACAAUGGUUCGAAUUACGGAGCAAUUGAUACGGAAACGUUCCGAGCAUAAUGAGCUCAUUAUCAGCACCUUGGAGGAACUUUCCCUGCACCAGGAGGACAUCGAGCGAAUCGAGCAUAUCGGCAACUGGUGUCGGGAUUUGAAGAUCCUGCUUUUACAGUCGAAUCUAAUUUCGAAAAUCGAGAACCUGCAAAAGUUGAAAAAACUCGAAUAUCUAAAUCUGGCCCUGAACAAUAUCGAACGGGUGGAAAACUUGGAACGGUUGGAGUCGCUGGAAAAAUUGGAUUUGACGCUAAACUUUAUAGGCGAACUUACAUCUAUCGAGAAUUUGCGGGAUAAUUAUAACUUAAAGGAUUUAUAUCUAACUGGAAACCCAUGCACGGACUACCCUGGAUACAGGGAUUACGUUAUAUGUGCUCUUUUGCAGCUUGAAACUUUAGAUGGGUCAGAAAUCACCCGGACUGAUCGAUUAAAAGUUAUGAAAGAUUUCAAGGCUAACCGGGACCGAAUCGUACAGUUAGAACUAGCUUAUCGAAUAGAACGUGAUGAGCAGAAAAUUCGAGUAGCGGAAUCACUCCGAGAGCAGGAAAAACGGGUCAAAGAUUUGGACGAAGAAGAACGGUCGGCUCAAUUUUGGCAACAGAAAAGCGAGCAUUGUCCGGAGACAAGAAUCCAGAUGGCAAAGUAUUCCGCCAAGGCUAGGGAGAAGCCACCCACUUCAAGCUUAACGGAUUCGGAGGGAGCUAAGAAACGAAAACCAAUUUUAUUUGCUGAAUGUGGGCGGCCAUACAGCUUGAACGAACCCAAGAUCAAGUUUGAAUUUUUCGAUGAAGACGACCGUUAUGAACUGAAUUUACAUGUUUACAAAUAUUUGGACACCUCAUUCAUCGAAGUAGAUGCCCAACCAAAUUACAUCAGAGCGACAAUCAAGGGUCGCAUUUUUCAGCUGGCCUUGAAGGAUGAAAUCAAGACACACGCAUCAACCUGCAAGCGGUCAGCAACUACGGGUCACAUGCUCAUAGUAAUGCCUAAACUGAAUCCGCAGAAUGUCAAUUUCGUUCCCAUUAGAAAUACAGCCUACUCGGAGAAUGUUGCAAACCGAUCCAAGUGCGAAAAACAGCAAGAACUCAAAGGAACUGUUGAUUACAAAAAUAUUGUGAAACAUGGCAAAAAGACGGAGAUCGAUGAAGAUGAAAUACCGCCCUUGAUCUGAACAGGAAGUGAUAUCUCGAGACCGUUUAAAUGCAAUGUAUUAAACUUACCCUAUAACAGUUUCAUUGAUUCAAUACACUACAAAACAACUCUUG